AUCUGUGCAUCAGUAAUAUUUGGGACUCCCAACUGGACAAGUCGAGAUGGAUGCACUUCUGAAAAUUGUCUUGUUGAUCACCUUCUAUUUUAUUGCUGUAACCCUGCACUUGGGGUUGUGUGACGAUGUACCUUCCGCCGAGGCAGACACAGUCGUAACUGAAAGUGAAGAGCACUACACUGCAUCCGAUGACUUCGACUAUUAAGCCCAACCAUGAGUAAAUAAAUGUAUCUUUCAGCAGCGA